CCUGAAUUUCAAGGACCCUGAGGCGGUGAGAGCUCUGACGUGUACCCUCCUGAAAGAGGAUUUUGGUCUUACGAUUGACAUCCCCGUGGAAAGGCUUAUUCCCACCGUUCCCUUGCGCCUGAACUACAUCCACUGGGUGGAGGAUCUCAUUGGUCAUCAGGAUGGUGACAAGCAAGUCCUCAGGCGAGGCAUUGACAUAGGGACAGGGGCGUCUUGCAUAUACCCAUUACUUGGGGCAACUUUGAAUGGCUGGUAUUUUCUUGCUACAGAAGUGGAUGAUAUGUGCUUCAAUUAUGCCAAGAAGAACGUGGAACAGAAUAACUUGUCCGAUCUUAUAAAAGUGGUUAAGGUACCACAGAAGACUCUUCUCAUGGAUGCACUGAAAGAAGAAUCUGAGAUCAUUUAUGAUUUCUGCAUGUGCAACCCUCCCUUUUUUGCCAACCAGUUGGAAGCGAAGGGAGUAAAUUCUCGAAAUCCACGACGUCCCCCUCCCAGUUCUGUAAAUACAGGAGGAAUCACAGAAAUCAUGGCUGAGGGGGGAGAACUAGAAUUUGUCAAGAGAAUUAUUCAUGAUAGUCUACAACUUAAAAAGAGGUUACGAUGGUACAGUUGCAUGUUGGGGAAGAAAUGCAGUUUAGCGCCAUUGAAAGAGGAACUUCGAAUCCAGGGGGUUCCUAAAGUUACUCAUACUGAAUUCUGUCAGGGACGCACUAUGAGAUGGGCACUGGCAUGGAGUUUCUAUGAUGACGUACAAGUACCUUCACCUCCCUCUAAAAGAAGAAAAUUAGAAAAACCCCGAAAACCAAUUACAUUUAUGGUCUUGGCUUCUACAGUCAAAGAGUUAUCUGUCAAAGCUGCAGCUAUGGGCUGGGAUGCUGUAGAAGCUAUUGCUGUGGUUAGAGCCUGGGUAGAGAAGAUUCUUACUGAUCUGAAGGUUCAGCAUAAACGUGUUCCCUGUGGAAAAGAUGAAGUUAGCCUGUUUGUGACUGCCAUUGAAAACUCCUGGAUUCAUUUGAGGAGAAAGAAACGAGAGAGAAUAAGGCAAUUACGAGAACUUCCUCGAGCUUCUGAAGAUAUUCUGCAAGCAAUGGAAGAGGAAAAAACCAGCCAGAAGAGUGUGAGCAACAAUUCAGACUGUGAAAACCCCAAGACUGAAGACUCUGAAGUGAGGUUUAUGGCACCUGAUGAGGAUGUCCGCUUGACCACAGGUGACAAGCUAACGGAAGAAUCUGCUGCCAAAGAAGAACACAGUGAGCACAUGGAGGAGGAGGAGACGGAAGCAAAGCAGGCAGAAACAUCACUUGGCAAAGGUUCCAGUAAUGCACAGGAGGAACCUUGCCCUUCAGAGGAAGCUAGCAAUCUGACAGCUGAAAAAGAGCAAAGUCCCAAAGAAACUAGUAGAUGUUUUCUCUUUAAGUGUUUAAUGAAUGUGAAGAAAGAAGGAAAUGAUGUGUUAGUAGAAAUGCACUGGGUUGAAGGACAGAACAGAGACUUGAUGAACCAGCUAUGCACAUACUUACGGAACCAAAUUCUUCGACUGGUUGCUAGUUAGCCCUUUUUCCUACUUUGCUUUGGUAAAGUCAGUCAGUCCU